AUGGAGAAGCGAGGGGAGGGCGAGCCGCUCUCCCACCCUCUGGAGCCCGAACCCGAGCCGCAGCCGGCGCCGCCGGGGGAGAAGCGCUUCAGGCUGUGGUACGUGGGUUCGUCGUGCCUGGAUAGGCGGACCACGCUGCCCAUGCUGCCCUGGCUGGUGGCCGAGAUCCGCCGCCGCGGCCAGCGGCAGGAGCCCGGCGGCGCCCCGGGCAGCGGGGUGCCGGCCCGCGAGGUGCUGCUGCUGCUGGGCUCGCCCACGCUGCGCUGCGUGCCCGCCAGCCCCGGCCGCCCCGCCAGCCCCGCGCCCGCUGUCUUCAUCUUCGAGCACAAGGCGCAGCAUAUCGCCCGCUUCAUCCACAACAGCCACGACCUCACCUACUUCGCCUACCUGAUCAAGGCGCAGCCCGACAACCCUGACUCCCCCAUGGCCUGCCACGUCUUCCGGGCCACCGACCCCAACCAGGUUCCUGAUGUCAUCAGCAGCAUAAGACAAGUCUCUAAAGCAGCACUGAAAGAAGAUGCCAAACCAAGUAAGGAUAGUGAAGAUGCCUUCUAUGACUCUCAAAAAUUUGAGGUCUUGUACUGUGGAAAGGUGACAGUGGCUCACAAGAAAGCUCCCUCCACACUAAUUGAUGAUUGCAUAGAAAAAUUCAGCCUUCAUGAGCGCCAGCGCCUGAAACUGUUAAAUGAGCAGCAGAAUAAUGAGUCGAGCUUGGACUUGCCCCUGUGUGAAGAAAAUGUGCCAGCUUCUCCUCUGGACAGCCCUUUUGAGGAGCUGGACAGCCCAAACAGCACCUCAGGGCGUGCUGCAAUGUUUACAAUUGGCAGCCAGACUAACUUGACCAACCUGGCCAGCACUCGUGGCUUCUUUCCAGAGAGGAUUUUAGAGGACUCUGGCUUUGAUGAGCAGCAGGAGUUUCGCUCCCGGUGCAGCAGUGUCACUGCAGUGAUGCAGAGAAGGGUUCACGACACAAACCUGAAAAUACAGUCCCGCAGAAGACAUGCAAGUGCUCCCAGUCACGUUCAGCCCUCUGAUUCUGAGAAGAACAGGACAAUGUUGUUCCAGGUUGGAAGGUUUGAAGUUAACCUCAUCAGUCCAGAUACCAAAUCUGUUGUGUUUGAAAAGAAUUUUAAAGAUAUCUCCUCAUGUUCUCAGGGUAUAAAACAUGUUGAUCACUUUGGUUUUAUUUGCCGAGAAUCUGUGGAACCUGGGUUAAGCCAGUAUGUUUGCUACGUGUUCCAGUGUGCAAGUGAGUCUCUGGUUGAUGAGGUAAUGCUGACCCUGAAGCAAGCCUUCAGCACUGCUGCAGCCCUGCAAAAUGCCAAGACGCAGAUCAAACUGUGUGAGGCCUGCCCUAUGCAUUCAUUGCACAAACUUUGCGAAAGAAUUGAAGGACUCUAUCCACCAAGAGCCAAACUUGUAAUUCAGAGACAUCUGUCAUCGCUAACUGACAAUGAGCAAGCAGACAUUUUUGAACGUGUUCAGAAAAUGAAGCCUGACAAUGACCAGGAAGAAAAUGAACUUGUGAUCUUUCAUCUCCGUCAGCUCUGUGAGACUAAGCAAAAAACGCACAUCCACAUUGGUGAAGCACCGUCGGUCAUUUCUAACAGUGCGAUUCCAGAAAGCACCACCAGUGGUGGCCGGUUUAAACUUGACAUUCUGAAAAACAAGGCAAAGAAAUCCUUGACUAGCUCUCUGGAAAAUAUCUUCUCAAGGGGAGCCAACAGAAUGCGAGGCCGCCUGGGAAGCGUGGACAGUUUUGAGCGCUGCAGCAGCCUGGCUUCUGACAGAGACACUUCUCCAGGCGAUUCCCCACCAGCUACUCCUCCAGCAUCCCCCGUGUCCUCGGCCUGGCAGACGUUUCCCGAGGAAGGCACGGACUCCCCCCAGUUCAGGAGGCGCGCGCACACCUUCAGCCACCCGCCCAGCAGUGCCAGACGGAGGAUAACCUUCCAGAACGGGAGGUCCCAGAGCGCCCGGUCCCCGCUGCUGCGGCAGAACGGCGUGGAGGCAGCAAGUGAUGGGGAGGGAAAGAAAAGAACAUCAACCUUCUGCAGCAGUGAAUCUCUAAAUGCUGUGGGGGCCACGCUCACACCUCGCCGCAUCUCCUGGCGGCGGAGAAUAUUCCUGCAGGUAGCUUCACCUAUGAAUAAAUCUCCUUCCAAGAUGCAGCAUCCAGAUGGUCAUGAUGGAAGUGAAUUGUUACCCUUAUCCCCUCUUGCUGCACCCCUGGAGGAAGACCCUGUUGUUCUAGUAUUGCAAAAUGAGGAUGGUCCAGAUAAAACUGGAGAGAGGAAAAACUCAGAAGAACUACAAAGUCUGUGGAGAAAAGCCAUCCAUCAACAAAUUCUGUUACUUCGAAUGGAAAAAGAAAACCAGAAGCUGGAAGCAAGCAGAGAUGAGCUCCAAUCAAGAAAAGUAAAACUGGACUAUGAUGAAGUUGGCACAUGUCAGAAAGAUGCCAUAAAUAUUUGGGAUAAGAAGUUACUAAACUGCAGAGCCAAAAUCCGAUGUGACAUGGAAGAUAUUCAUUCCACUUUAAAAGAAGGUGUACCAAAAAGUCGUCGGGGAGAAAUUUGGCAGUUUUUGGCUGUGCAACACCGAGUCAGGCACAGGCUGCCAAACAAGCAGCAGCCUCCCGACAUCUCUUACAAAGAACUUCUGAAACAACUGACUGCUCAACAACAUGCCAUCCUUGUAGAUCUAGGACGGACAUUCCCUACACAUCCUUACUUUUCCACACAUCUGGGAGCAGGACAGCUAUCACUGUUUAAUCUCUUGAAAGCGUAUUCUUUGCUGGACAAAGAAGUUGGUUAUUGUCAAGGUAUAAGUUUUGUAGCUGGAGUGCUGCUUCUACAUAUGAGUGAAGAGCAGGCCUUUGAAAUGCUGAAAUUCCUCAUGUAUGACCUUGGCUUCCGUAAACAGUACAGACCAGACAUGAUGUCGCUACAGAUUCAGAUGUACCAGCUCUCAAGGCUUCUACAUGAUUAUCACAGAGACCUGUAUAAUCAUCUUGAAGAGAAUGAAAUCAGUCCCAGUCUUUAUGCUGCACCGUGGUUUCUUACACUGUUCGCAUCUCAAUUUUCAUUAGGAUUUGUAGCCAGAGUGUUUGACAUUAUUUUUCUUCAAGGAACAGAAGUAAUAUUUAAAGUAGCACUGAGCCUACUUAGCAGUCAAGAGACAUCUAUAAUGGGAUGUGAGAGUUUUGAGAACAUUGUUGACUUUCUUAAAACCACUAUUCCAGAUAUGACUAAACCUCAAAUGGAAAAAAUUAUUACUCAGGUAUUUGAGAUGGAUAUUUCAAAACAGCUCCAUGCCUAUGAAGUAGAGUACCAUGUUCUUCAGGAUGAACUACAGGAAAAUGUGAGUCCCUGUGAUGAAGGUGAACCUCUGGAGAAGCUGGAGAGGUCAAACAAUCAUUUGAAGAGGCAAAAUAUGGAUUUGUUGGAGAAGCUACAGGUUGCUCAUGCUAAAAUUCAGAGUCUGGAAGCCAGCCUGGAGACUGUUUUGACACGAGAGAACAAAAUGAAGACUGUAAUUCAGUCCCUGGAACAGGAGAAGAUAAUAUAUCAAAAGACUCUUGAGCAGAUAGUGAAGUAUUUGCCAGCAGAAGUGUUGUCUGACUGUGAACUGCUCCUGAAGGAAGUAAAUUACAACCCAAAUAAUAAAAUAUGGAGUAAGCCAUAAACCAGGGUUUUCUAGGCAGCAUUUCUUCAAAAACAAAAAGGGAAUGAAAAAAUAAGUAUGCUGCUUUCAAUAGCUACUUAGCAAUAGGCAAUGGUAUUACCCAAAAAUAGUGCUGGGACACUUAUAGCUACAGAUGGGCCUUCAAGUGUCAGAAUGCAAAUUCAGGCUAUUAGUGUUUUUAUGGUUAUGUAAAUAAAUCACAAGGGGGAAAUAAAGGAUUCUCACAUGUAAUUAUGAUGAGUAGAUGUAUAUUUAGAUUUGACCUAAAGGAAAGGAGAAAUUGGAGUAGACAAAGACAGUGGUGAUCUGCAAAUUCACUUUGGAUGUGCUUGUCUUGUAGUGAAAUGAGGAUAGUGUGUCUUUAUAUAUAUAUAUGUAUAUUGAAUAUGUUGAAUAAUACUUGAAUAAAAAAAAAAGAGAAUGUAAUUUUCCCUCCAAAGAGCAGCAUGUUUCACAUCUUCUGUGGAAAGUCUAUGUGAACUCAUGCGUGCCUCUCUUUAAUUCUACUGAUAUUGUGAGCACAGACCAAUAAGCAGAAAAAGUAUCAUGACGUGGUUUGCACAGAAAGAGCUGUAGUGCCAUCCGCUGCCUGGGCUGUACUGGUCAGCAGCGUAAUUCCACGUGCAUGUUGGAACUGGAAACGAACAAGCAUCGCAUCAUUGCUCCGCCUCCAUAACCAGAGCUAAGGAAUAGGUGUCUGCAUGCACUCGCAGAGCUCGCAAAGGCAAGAGCUAGCAGUGGCUGCCACUUCCUUCCUGGCUUGUUUGCUUCCACCUGUCCUGGGGUUGAUGUGAUGAGGAGAGAAAGGAAGCACAACAGUGGGAUGGCAUUUAUAAUGAUGUUAAUUUUCUGCCGGAGACUUGCCUGUUGUAAGAGUUAGGUGUGUCAGGGGCUCUCAUUUAACCAAAGAAAUGCUGCAAGAAGCCUUGUCUAAUUAUAUUGGAAUGCAGAAGGCUGUUUUAAAUUUCGAGAAGAAAAUUGAGGUAGGCUGAAGGAAGUGUGAGUGCACAAGAGAGGACCAAGCAAGUCUCAGAUAUUAUGUACCUUUCAGUUUUCACAUAUACGGUGGCUAUACAUUUCAAAGGGGAUCCUGAAGUACAGGCGCAGUUUUAAUGACGCUUUCCAGGCUAUUCCUGUUUUAAUACUACUUUGUGGUCUUUUUUUUAAAACAAAAGUCAUGAAUUUGUGUGUUCUGGACAAAAGGUGGGAUAAACUCUGAUCAUUUCAAGGGAGAAAUUAUGUUUAUAGAGGUAUAAAAAGUUGCAUAUAGAUUUGAAAAUGUUUUUGAAUGGAAUUUUUGAGAAAGCUUAGACAAAUGUGUAGUAGACAAGUAUUUUGGAGUGUAUGUCUGAACCCUUAAUUGCGUUUUACAGUGGCUCAUGUUAUCUCUUUCUGUUUAUACUGUAUUUCAGGAAACAUACAGUUUUCUUCUUUUUAGUAAGAAAACCAAUUAAGCAAAGUGCCAAAUGCAGCAGUGUCUUUUCGCAUAAGAUUGUCCAAUUUAGAAAGCAAGGACUGAAUAUCACUGCUUUCUAAGUAUUAUGCUUUAUGUUACCGUAAAAGUGAGGAACAGCAACGCUUACUUGCUGCACACUGCUGUGGAACUCAGGGGCUUCGGCUCUCCUGGGUUUUUUGUUGUUUUUUUUUACUUCCAUGAUGUUUUAUUUGAUUAAAGAUACUGAUUUACAUAACAGUCUCUCUUUUUACAUUUGAGGUGAAAGGUCUUAACACUGUGUAUAAAAUUAGAUAUUUCAAGAAUGUCAUAUUGUACUAGAUGAGGAAAUCCUAAGUGAAAAAGCAGUUCUUUGCAGUUUUGUUCAGAGUGAGUUUUAGCUGAUGUGUACAUAAAAAACUAAUCCCAGAAACUGCAGCACCGUCUGUUACAAAGAACCAAGAUUAUUCAGAUACAUCUUUUUUUUAAAGAUGCACUGAAUGAGCUUUAUCCUCUGUUUCACUUUAAAUUUUUUUCAUGUAAUGCCUGGAGAAAUUCCAAUAAAUGUUAUUGCUGCAUUUCCCAUA